AGUAACAGGACCUGUACAAUUGUGGAAAUGCAUGUUUGUUUUUUAAUGCUAUCUUUUGUCUUUAGUAAUAUUUUAAAGGCAUUUUCUUUUCAAUUCAUUCUAUUUUUUCAAAGGGAUUCUAGACAAAUGUUGUAGACAAACUGAAUCGUUCCCCCCGCCCAAAACUUCCAGAGUAGUUCAUCCUUCCUGCUGCCAUGUUGGAUUGAGGAAUCGUUGUUGCAGUUGGACUUCAGGAAUGAAAGUUUAGCUUGAUAUUGUUUUCACAAUUUUUCCUGUAAACAGUGAAUGUAGCGAUUAGGUUAGUCUAGUGCCAGGGAAUCUCAGAAUACAACAAAUUUACCACCUUCUUGUUGUCAGAGCAGUACAUCGAAAUGAUCCUGCUACAGGCCAUGAUGAACCAUGAAGAUCCGUGACUUCAUAUAUUUUAUAUAACAAAUAUUUUUAGAGACAGAGUUGUGUUUUUGAUCAAUUAAACAUUCCCAUCAUGAGUAACCAUCUUCCCCAGCGGCGAAUAGCGAAUAUUGGCUCCCUACUUCUCACACCACAAGAGAACGAAUAUCUCCUCAACCACCUAGGCAGGAAAUGCAUCACCCUCUGCUCAGCGGUUGUGCAGGUGUAUGGGGCGGAUCGGAGCCAGGCCUGGGUAAAGAGAUGCUGUGGCGUAGCCUGCCUGGUCAAAGACAACCCCCAGAGGUCUUAUUUCAUCCGGGUUUAUGACAUCAAGGAGGGGAAAAUUCUGUUUGAACAGGAGCUCUAUAAUAACUUCGCACCUAAUAGUACCCGAGCAUACUUCAUUUCAUUUGCAGGAGAUGGCUGCCAGGUUGGCCUGAAUUUUGCCAGUGAAGAGGAGGCCAAGCGAUUUAAAGCAGCCCUCGGUGACCUACUCAAUCGCCGAUCACGAAGGACAGAAAAAAGACGCGACCCCCCCAAUGGACCGCCGUUACUCAUGGCAACUGUUGACAUUAAGAACCCGGAGAUCAACAAUGGGCGCUUCCACAACAACUCUCACAUCAACAACAUGGUCCACAGCAGCCUGGGCAAGAAGGAGAAGAAAGUCAAGGGCAAGCGAAAGAGGCUAACCAAGGCUGACAUCGGCACCCCCAGCAACUUCCAGCACGUUGGCCACGUGGGCUGGGACCCAAACACAGGUUUUGAUCUGAAUAACUUGGACCCUGAGCUGAAGAGCCUGUUCGAUAUGUGUGGCAUCUCCGAGGCCCAGCUCAAGGACAAGGAGACAUCCAAAGUCAUCUAUGACUUCAUCGAGAAGAAGGGCGGAGUAGAGGCUGUGAAGAAUGAGUUGAGGAGACAAGCUCCACCACCUCCUCCAUCUCGUGGAGGGCCCCCUCCACCUCCCCCUCCACACAUCUCAACCCCCCCACCCCCACCCCCUCCGCACAUCUCAACCCCCCCACCCCCACCCCCUCCUCCAGCCCGCGGCCGCGGCGCCCCCCCCCCCCCACCUCCCUCCAGAGCCCCAGUUAUAGCGCCUCCCCCUCCACCCCCCACCAGAGUAGCCAUGGGCGCCCCGCCUCCCCCUCCUCCUUCCAGAGGGCACCCUCCUCCACCACCCCCAGCCCCCUCACACGCCUCCCUGGCCCCUCAGGCUGCCCCACCACCUCCACCCCCGGCCCCUGUGUCCAACGCAGGAGCUCCACCCCCGCCACCACCACCACCGCCUCCACCCCCACCUCUGCCCGAGAUGGAAGGGGGGGAUGCCGGGGAGCCCAUGGCUCCGGGCGGCAAGUCGGCCUUGCUGAGUCAGAUUCGUGGCGGUGCGCAGCUGAAGAAGGUGGAGCAGAACAACAAGCCGGUGUCCAAACCGGGCCGAGACGCACUCCUGGACCAGAUCCGCUCUGGCAUCCAGCUCAAGACCGUGCCUGAUGAUCCAGAGUCUGGCCCUCCUACCCCGGCUCUCUCGGAUGGUAUAGUGGGAGCGCUGAUGGAGGUGAUGAAGAAGAGGAGCAAGGCCAUUCGCUCUUCAGAUGAAGACGAUGAUGAUGAUGACGACGAAGACUUUGAAGAUGAUGAUGAAUGGGAUGACUAGUUCCCUUUGCCAUUCCCCUUGCCCUAAACAAUAACUGACACUAAAUUUCUCAUGCUUCCAAAAUGAUAUUCAACCUGUGUAAAUGGUCUGGCCUUUUGCUGUAUAUUUUGUUGCUUUGGUUCAUUUUUGAUUCAUCUGUGCAAUACCUCAUUUAAUCUUUAAAGGGUUGUCACGUAUCCUCUGUGAAGUGAUCUUCAGGAUCACCAACACAGUUGUGUACAAGGUUGUGUUCUGUUGUAGUUUGUCUAUUAGAAUGUUUUGUUUCUGUUAUCUUCCCUCACUAACGAGGAAAGGGAGAUGGGCCAAUACCCUUCAUGUUGAAAUUUGUUUGAAUAAUGAUGAAGAUAACACUAUUUUCAUACCCAACUUUUCUCUACCUUUAUUUCAAGUCUUAGUGUAGCACUGUACAUUUUGGUGAAAAGAAUCCUCUUGUAUGAGAUACGUAGCCACUGUAUUCACUCAUGUAAAAACCUACACAAGGCUAUUCAAGGCUGUUAUAUAGAUUUUUAUUUUUAUUUUUUUGUUUGCACGGAUGAGAAGAGGAAAUUUACACAGUGAGCUAUGUUCACUUAACUGAGUUAAUAGAGGAUGGCGAUAUGUCACUGUGACUUGUUUAAAAUGCACAUGAAACAUGAAGACUCCUGAGAUGAGAGACUUCUGAUAAAUAGCUUUAGGUAUGGGUCCGAUGCUCUUUGUCCUCUCUGUAAUAUGAACUAUGAGAAGACACCCGCAUUUCUUAUUUGGGGAUUUCUUAUUUUGGGACACCCGGAUUUCUUCUUCAAGGUAAGCCAGCUGCCCACCUUCACAGUAUCAACCUCCAUGAGAAUUUGCUGCCAUACAAAAGCAGUUGACGCAACUCUCAUAUACUAAUUUCUUUAAAGGGGUCUUUGCUUAACUGACUGCCACAGGCAAAUUAAAAUGAAGCUGUUUUAACAGUGCUGUCUGGUUGAUGAUUUUUUUUUUUACAGUCCUUGGAGUUUGUGCUGCAUUACAAAAACAUAAUAUUGACUUCAAACCUUGGAACAGGGGUUGGAAUGGGAAUACUAAAUUGUAUACACAAAUAAAUAUUAUUUACAACACA